UCACGUGGGUUACCGCCCUGUUCUGCCAAUCAUCUGAUCACUGUGGUGCCGGUCGUCAGCCGUGUGGUGCCAAGUGCGGAGCGAAGAUGAACGUUAAAGUUCACGUCGAGUACUGUGCUGCCUGAGGGUACGAAGCCCGCUAUCAGGAUCUCGCCAACAACAUCUUGAAGACGUUUCCUGAUGCGGAUGUUUCUGGAGAUGUUGGGAGAAAAGGCAGCUUUGAGAUUGAAAUCAAUGGGCGGCUAGUCUUCUCCAAACUGGAAACUAAAGGGUUUCCUUACGAAAAUGAUAUCAUCAAUGCAAUCCAGAAAGCUAGUGAAGGAGCAGAAGUGCAAAAGGUUGAUAACAGCCGUCCUCCUUGUGUCAUUCUGUAGCCCAGCCUAAAUUGUGCCUUCUCUUCAUUGGUUGCUAAUCUGUUCUACUUUCAGCUCUUUAAUCUACCUUUUCAGGUGUUUUAGGUGAUGUCAUGGAAUCUGUAAAUGUUCUGGAUCUAUUUUCAUCGUAGUAUGUGGGGCAGCUCAGCGACUUGCCUUUGCAAAAUCUGUACAUCCCAUGUCUGUUUUUGUUUUGUUUAUGCUGAGAUUUUCUCCAAAGCAAUUGCUAGCUCAUUGAAGUUGUUGACAUGCUGCAUACUUGGAAUCUGGUUCUAUGAAUGACUAUUUUAACUGAAAAACAUGGUUAAAAUAUGAAAGAAAAAAGAACUCUUUUUCUUAUGGGACGGCAAGUCAAUAAUUUCAGUGUGAAGUUUUCAUUUAAACAAACAACAAUUAUGUGUUUUGAAUUCACCUGUGAGCCAUGAACUAAUUUGAUUAAAAUAUUCAUACUCUCUAAA